UUUCAUUUUUAGUCAUUUUCAUUUUGUAGUCAUUUUCAUUUUUAGUCAUUUUCAUUUUGUAGUCAUUUUCAUUUUUAGUCAUUUUCAUUUUGUCUGUCAUCAUGCUAUUAUGUCAUUCUGUUACCUAUUAUGUCAUUCUAUCACGCUUCUCCUCUCCAUUCGAGUUUGUUCAUCUUGACAGCCCGCUGCCGGACAACCGUUGCUUGGCCCCAAUGGGGUAUGCGUUAUUGUUCAGCAGAAAAUAGUCAAUGUUCUUCGGUACUCGUGCAUGGGUUUCUGCUGCUGUUCCCCUUCGGGCGCUUUACUCGCCGCUCUGGUGAGGUUCUGCCGGGAUACUGCCGUUUUGGGCCACUUCCCUGAGCUGCUCCGAUUUUCCGCAGGAGUUUCCGCAGGAACUUCAACACGAGCCCAGGAUUUUUU